AGUUGCCCCUGCAGGCUGCAGCUGUGCUCCGGCCCAGCCAGAGCACAGGCCGCAUUUGGGCCGCAUUUGCAGUGGGUUGAGCAGGGAUGCAGCGGCGGGCAUGGCGUCUUUCUUUGUAAAGUGACCGCCCGGGUUUCUUUGUUCGUCAUAGCUAGUCAAUGCAGUAGAGGAAGUGGUGUACAGGUUGCGGGAAUGGCCCUCAACAGUGCAGCAAAGGUGCGGCCUGCAGCGAGCUGGUCUCAUCAGCUCACAUUGGAGGGGCGGCGGUGCUCACAAUGCAACGCUUUUGCGGUUGACUCUAGGAAACCGGGUACUGCAAACUCGCUUAGGAACCAUACGUUUCCUAGUAGGCAUUUGGGGGUUCCUCAGCGUUUAAGUGAGAGACGAAAACCGGCGCCGGGCGUCCGGGCUAGCGGGGAGCAGAAUGGGGCAGACACUGCAGUCAAGGAAAAGGAGGAAGAAAAGGUUGUUCAGGAGAGAGCGAAACCAACAGAGGAGGACGCUCAGCUCACGCUUUCUGACAUCAACCCCGUCAGCUUGGGGCGGAGAAGUCGAGAAUUUUUCAAUGAUGUCUGGAAGAGGCUGACAGAUCUUGGGCAGCUGACGAGGUCCUCCCCUUCUGACGUCGAUACAGUUCUGAUUGGAGGCCCCAUGUGCGAGUUUACCAUUCCUGAUGCUGCAUUCACCACCGUGUUGGUUGCUGGGGCCACUGGACGAGUGGGCCGCAUUCUUGUCCGGAAGCUGCUGCUGAGAGGGUACACAGUCAAGGCUCUGGUGCGGAGCAGCGACGAAGCGACGCUAGAAAAACUGCCGACAGUGGUGCAGCACGUGGUGGGGGAUAUUGGGGAUCCAACUACCCUUUCGAAAGCAGUGGAGGGCGUGAACAAGAUCAUUUGUUGCACACGCGCCACGUCGAUGCUGAGUGGGGACCUGACGCGGGUGGAGCAGCAGGGGGUGGCAAAUCUGGCCAAGGCAUUCCUGGACUAUAACCACCGGUUGGCCCAGAAGCGGGCCGGCAAAUCAGCACGGAGCAAGGUGACUCUUGCGAGAUUCUCGAAGGAGUCGACGCUGGAUGAGUGGGAUCUUAGGGACGGGGUGGAGGAUGAGGACAUUCUAGGCAAGCUGUACGACGGGGGAAUGGACGCGGAACUUGAGUUGACGGAAAGGGAGGGCGAAAGGAGCAUGGGGCUCUUUCAAGGUUACGUGUACACUAGGGGGGGCUUUGUUGAGAUGACGACUGAGCUCAAGCUGCCGGAGGGUGUCUCUUUGUCACGGUUCGAGGGCCUGCUCAUCCGCGUGUGUGGUGACGGCAAGCCGUACACAUUCGUCCUCGAAAUGGAGAAAUGGGAAGGGGGGCCGCCCAUGGAGUACACGUACAAGUUCCCCACUAGAGUGGGCUAUGCCAGGGUCCGCUUGCCUUUCUCUGACUUCCGGCCAGGAAGCCCCGACCAGCCCCCGCUAGACCCGGCCCAGGUCAAAAGAAUGUCCAUCCGGUUUGAGCCGAAGAAAGUGAGGGCCCCUAUGAUGUUGGCUGGCGCGCCUGCUCAGAAGAAGAAGAAGGUCAUGGCGGGGCGGGUAGACCCCAUGCAGGCGAUUGCGGAGAUCGACACGAGCAGCGAGGGCCCGGAGUUUGUGCCAGGCGCAACGGAGACGGAUCUCGGGAGCAACCGGUUCAAGCUCGAGGUGGACUUCAUCAAAGCACUGCCGGCUGGGGAGGAGCCAGAUUUCAUCUUGGUGUCGUGCACAGGCGCAGGAGUGGAGGAAGAGGACCGGGAGAAAGUACUCAGGGCGAAGCUCGCUGGGGAGCAGAGCCUUCGGAACUCGGGCCUCGGGUACACUAUCGUGCGGCCGGGCCCCCUACUGGAGGAGCCGGGGGGUUCUCGCGCCCUCGUUUUCGACCAGGGGAACAGGAUAACGCAGAGCAUCAGCUGCGCUGACGUGGCCGACGUGUGCGUCAAGGCCCUUCACGACGGUACCGCCAGAAACAAGAGUUUCGAGGUCUGCUACGAGUACACCUCGGAGCAAGGGCAGGGCCUCUACGAGCUGGUGGCUCACCUUCCGGACAAGUCCAACAACUACUUGACCCCCGCCUUGGCACUGUUGGAGAAGAACACCUAGUGGUGUUGCAGCAUCCGUGGGGAAGCGAAGUUCGGGUUGUGCACAGAUGCGUGUUGCGAGGUAAUCGGAAGUUGUGCAAUCACAAAGGUACGGCUGGGGCUUUUGGCCUUUGGUUGCGAGGUUGGAAAGGCAAGUUGUUUGCAGUAGUAAGAGGUAUCAAGUGGCCACUUGACUUAGCAGUUUGGAGUGCAAGCCGACAUCAAGUCCUUGAAACCAUACAAGAGGACCAUGUGCUUUACUGUUGCGUUGCACACACUUUUGAUCGAAGAGGCAUGCUGCUGUCGUUUCAUUGUGGCCACGACUUGCAGGGCACAUUGGGACG